AUGUCGACGAUCACGGAGAUCACCAGUCUUGCCGACUGGGAGAAGCACAUUGCCUCCACCCCGCCUUCCACCCUCCACAUCAUCUCCUUCCACGCGCCAUGGGCCGCCCCAUGCGCCCAGAUGGCUACCGUCCUCUCGACCCUUGCCUCCGAAUACCCCGUCACCAGCCCCCCGCAGACAUCCUGGGUUUCCAUAAACGCCGAAGAGCUCAGCGACAUUAGCGAGACAUACAACGUCACCGCCGUCCCCUUCCUCGUUCUCCUGCGCAACGGUCAAGUCCUCGAGACCGUCAGCGGCAGCAGCGCUGUCAAGGUCCGCAACGCGAUCGAGACACACGCAAAGAAGCCCGCCGGCGCCGCUGCCACGGUAAACGGCAACCAGGGCGUCGAGAAUGGUCCCAGCGCGAUGCAAGUCGACGAGCCCGUCGACCCGGCCAAGGCCAAGGAGGAGUUGUUCAAGCGCCUGGCGGACCUUGUCAAGGCGGCGCCAGUCAUGCUCUUCAUGAAGGGCACCCCCAGCUCGCCUCAGUGCGGCUUCUCAAGACAGCUUGUGGCCAUCUUGAGAGAGCACUCGGUCAAGUACGGCUUCUUCAACAUCUUGGCAGAUGAUGAGGUACGACAGGGCCUGAAGGAGUAUGCCGAGUGGCCGACCUACCCUCAGCUCUGGGUUGAUGGUGAGCUGGUUGGUGGUCUUGAUAUCGUCAAGGAAGAACUCUCCAACGACCCCGAAUUCUUCGGCCCUUACAGCAUCAAGGCCAGUGCUGAGGCCGCUGCGUAA